GUGUAUGAGACCAAGGACAGGGCUCCAGGCUGCUGCUUUUCCAUGUCUCCCUGGAAUGCUUCCCACCCGGGCCUCUCCUUAGGCACCUGAAGUCCACAUUCUCUCCUUGCACCAAAGCCUCAGCUAUAAAUAGCAAGAAAAUUCAAGUGAAACGCUGUCUGUUAGAAGAGUGCCUUUCUUUUCACAAUCAAUGAUCCUCUGAAGAUGGCGCAGCACUAUUUAUGGAUCUUGCUCCUUUGCCUACAAACCUGUCUGGAAGCAGCUGAAAGCAACACAAACAUGCUCACCGUGAAUGGGAUUCUGGGGGAAACAGUUACUUUCCCUUUAAAUAUCCAAAACAUACAGCAGAUUACCAACAUUAACUGGGUGAGUUCCAAAACAUCCGUUGCUGUUGUAGUGGCCCUCCCAGGCGCACCCCUCCAAGUCAUUGUGACCCACCAAAACUAUAAACAACGAGUAAACGUCUCAAGUCAGAACUACAACUUGGAGAUCAGCAAUCUGAGGCUGGAAGAUGCAGCGAUCUACAGAGCUGACAUAAAUACAGAGAACUCUGAAAAGGAGACACUCACCAGGACCUACAAACUUCAAGUUUAUCGUAGGCUUGGGAAGCCGAAAAUUACUCAGAGUUUAACAACAUCUUCGAACAGUACUUGUAAUGUCACCCUGACCUGCUCCGUGGAGAAAGAAGAAAAAAAUGUGACAUACAAUUGGAGUCCCAUGGGGACAGAGGGUAGUGUUCUCCAAGUCUUCCAGACUCCUAACAACCAAGAGCUGACUUACACCUGUACAGCCCGGAACCCCGUCAGCAACAAUUCUGACUCCAUUUCUGCCCAGCAGCUCUGUGCAGAUAGCCCCACGGGCCUCCAUAUUCACCAUGCUGGAUUGCUGAGUGGACUGGCUGUGCUCUUUCUGGUUAUAGUCAUCCUACCUUCAGUGCUUUUGUUCCUUUUUUGCAAGAAAGGACGAGGUUCCUCCUUCAAGAUCUUCCAUAAGAAACCUGAUGCUGCCUCAAAGAACACAAUAUACACAUAUGUCAAUGCUCCAAAAGAUCCUCAGCCAGCAGAGCUCAGAAUCUACGAUGAAAUCUCCCUGUCCAAGGUGGACAAAACCAUCGGCACUCAGGACAGCAAACCUAGGACUCCAAGCUACGUAUCUGUGAUCUAGGCUGCCAGACAGCAUCCUCUCCAUGGAAACUAAACCAUAACCACAGAUAAUGGCAGAUACCCUGGACCCAGACUCUCUCUGCCCAGCUCUUACCUGAAGACUGCAAAUCGCCACAUCCCAAUAUGAAAACUAGGAAGCCCUCUGCUGCCGGACAUAGCUUGUGCUUAGAUAGACAGAUGGACAUGGGCCCUUUCUGAAAUGGGUGAAUUGCCUUCUGGAUGAAUAAGGCAAGUCCCUCGGCACAGUGCUCUCCAAUCUUCUUCACAUCGCAGCACAUGUACAAAAUAUUUUUAUGGCACAAUGAAGUAAACAACCAAGACUGCUCAUGCCUGGAGGCUGCCUGUGGCUAGAGGCCUCUUGUGAUUACAGGUGAUGACCCUUCCCAGCAACUCCAAACACAGAGAGGACCCAUAUUGUGCACAUCUGUAGAUACGCCGUGGCACGCCACCUAGGAUGCUUUGCUGACACUCAAUGUGUGGGAGAAGCCCUGGUUCAUGGCUUGGGAAAGUUAGGCAAAGGCCCCCUUUUUCCUUUAGGCAGAUGCAGCCCCUCAGAGUGUGAGCUGCAUGCAUUUCAGCCUCCACUUGCCCCCUUUACCCCGGAACCUUUGUUCAUGUACAACUGGCUGGACCAGUGCAACCGUACAUGACGGUACAACGUGAGAAGUCGUCGGAGUUGUGGCUCUCAGCAGUACAGACACGCUCCCCAAAUACUGUGCUGGAAAAGGCACUUUCUGAGGGAUUCUAGUGUGUUGGGCCAUUUCUCUUCAGGCCCUACUUCAAAAGCUUCAUGAGACUUUUUUUCCAGCCAAGCUUUCCUUCUGUGUCACUCUGUGAUGGUUAACUUUACGUGUCAACUUGGCGGGGCCAGGGGCGCACAGAUAUUCGGUUAAAUUUUACUCAAAUGCAUCUGUGAGGGUGUUUCUAGGUGAGAUUGACAUUUGAUUUUGUAGACUAAGUGAUUAAUCCUGUUUUCCUGGGUGGGCAUCACUAAAUCCAUUGAAAGCUUGAAUAGAACAAAAAGGUGAAGUAAGGGAGAAUUCUCUGUGUGUGUGUGUGUGUGUGUGUGUGCGUGUGUGUGUGUGUCUUCGAGCUGGGACAUUGGUCUUCUUCUGCCUUUACACUUGCACUUGGACUGUACUUACACCAUUAAGCUCUCCUGGCUCUCAGGCCUUCAGGCUCAGACUCAGACUAGAACUAUAUACCAUCGCCGCUCCAGCUUGCCGACUACAGAUCUUGGGCUUUCUCAAUCUCCAUAACUACAAGAGCCGAUUCCUUACUAUAACUAGUUCUCAUUGUCUGCAGAACCAGGCAAACACAUUAUGCAAGCAACCUCAACACCAAGAAGCCAUGCCCAGUACCCCAUUCUCCAAAAGAGAAUGACAAGUUAUAUCUCUGACACUUUAGGGGAACUAAGUGCAACCCAACCAUCAGAACAAGAGACUUGAAAGAAGCAAAGUCAUUCUCGAGCAGGAACUUGAGAGAUGAUGUUGCAGAUUAUGAAACUAGGCCCAGCCCAGUGCCCAAGGCUUCACCCAGAGCGUCAUAGAGUUCAGUUCAAGGUUAGGUGCUCCUCCCUCUCCCCAGCCACGUCUGAGCGGAACACUCAAGUGAGUAUUUGAAAAAUUGCUCCCCUUAUGAGCUAAUAAAUAUAACCAGCUAAAUCCUAAAUGCCCACAAACAACCCCAGACUGAACAGCAACACUAAACUGCAUUUAGGCAGAACGAGGAUGUCAGUCCUAGUGAAUGGACCCAUAAAACCCCCUGGCCCCACUAUCUUUAGCACUUUGUUGGGGCUGCAAGGCCCCCAAAGUAUGAGAUGAGUGUAAUGUCUGCCCUGGGCUAACUGAGAAACCAAUUCCAGCACAGACACUACACCUAAAUCCUGAACUACAUACGACCUGGAGUGGCACCAGCUAGCACAGUCAGAAAAGACCUGAUGGGGAAGCAGAGCUGAAACUGGGCCUUGAAGGAUGAAUAGCAUUUGGCAGAGAGUGAAGAAGACAGAGGGCAUCCACAUGAGGAAACAACCAUAAACAAACAAACAAAACAGCCCUGGAUCUGCAUGAUGUAUUUUGGGCACUUCCCCAGAUACACCAUGUAUGGUCACAGCCCCUUGCCUAUGUG